CCUCCUCCACCUCCACCUCCACCUCCAUCUCCUCCAUCUCCAUCUGUCUUCCUGGUGGAGCAAGAGGGGCACUCUGGAGGUGGUGGGAAGGGGUGGGCACGGAGCUGA